UUCUUUUUCCUUUUAUCGGUUGACAUUUUGUUCAAACAGACCGAGCAGGGGCAAGAUAAUGGAAAAAUUAGUAAAUAAUAAUAAAUUCAAAGUUUAAAUGUGUUUGUUCCCGUUGUUACGCAAAAGGAAACGCAAAAAAAGUUCGGCCCCGCUUGAAGGACCUAGUUCGGUGUUGUAUAUACAAGACGGCGGCCCCAAAAUCAUCAUUAUUGGAGCAGGAGCGGCCGGAUUAGCAUGCGCAAUGAAAUUAUUAGAUAACGGUUUUACUCAUGUACGUAUAUUGGAGGCAGAAAAUCGUAUUGGUGGACGAAUCUUGACUAUACCGUUCGGCAACAAUGUUAUCGAUUUGGGUGCACAAUUUUGUCAUGGCGAGGAGGAUAAUAUUGUUUAUGAAAUGCUCUCUAAUCUUGAUCUUCUAGAAACAAGUGCCUCCGUGUACAACAAAUAUGAUUGCAUACGUUCGAACGGUGAAGUUUUAUCGCAAGACGUUACCGAAGCUUUAAAAUCAGCUAUAGCAAGUAUUUUUGAUGAUCCCAUAGAAGCCGGUCCUCACGAAUCAUUUAGUGAGUAUUUAAGAGAACGCUUCUUUCAAAUUAUAGACGGAAAAGAAAACGUUAGUAAACGCGUUGCCGAAGAGUUUUUUGAAAAUUUUAAGAGGGUAGAAAGUUCGGAAACAGCAUUUGGUAUAGAGGAGGCAUCGGCAAAAGGUGUAAUCGAAUAUUGGAUAUGUCCUGGUGAUUAUAUGUUGAAUUUUAGGAAUAGAGGGUACAUCAGUUUUUUACGGGUAUUAAUUGAAAGUUCUGACGAUCAGUUCCUGGGAAAAAUGGAGAAUCGUAUCAAAUUUAAUUGCACCGUUGAACAAAUCGAAUGGGGUCAACCAAAUGGCAAAGCCACUGUCAGAUGUAAUAAUGAAAAUAUUACUUUCGAAGCUGACCAUGUAAUUGUUACCGCAUCGUUGGGUGUGUUAAAGGAACGCGCCGAUACCCUUUUCGUACCAGCAUUGCCCUUGCAAAAGAAACGUGCCAUCGUGGCUUUGGGCUAUACAGGUACCUGUAAAAUAUUUUUAGAAUUCCCACAAAGAUUCUGGCCAGAAGAUUGGACUGGUUUUACAACGUUAUGGCGCAAGCAAGAUAUUGACAAGUUAAGACGCUCCAAAUGGGCUUGGCUGGAGGAAAUUUUUGGUUUCUAUUGUGUGAACUAUCAACCGCGUGUAUUAUUGGGCUGGAUAGUGGGACCAUAUGUUCUUAAAAUUGAGUCCUUACCGCGUGACGUCAUACAGAUGGGCUGUAUGAAACUGUUACGCCGUUUCUUACAUUCGUGGCUAAUACCCGAACCUAUCGCUAUAUGUGUUACAAAUUGGCAUAGUAAUCCAAAUUUUCGUGGCGCCUAUUCAUUUCGUUCAAUGUUGACUGAAGAGCUUGGCGUAUCAGCUGAGCAAUUGGCCGACCCAUUGGUAGUUGUAAUGGACAACCAAAAAUGCCACGAUGGCUCAGAUUCCGAUUCAACGAGUAAGAAAAGUGAAACAACAUUUAUUAAGCCUGUCGUGCAAUUUGCAGGCGAGGCUACAAGUUGUCACUACUAUUCGACCGUUCAUGGUGCUGUGGAAUCGGGCUUUCGUGAAGCUGAUCGUAUUUUGCAAUAUUACUCUCAUGAAUAAUAUUAUUCUUUGUUAAAUAAAAGCAUUUGUUUUCAAAAAUCUAUUCUUUAAUGAGUUGUGG